AUGGACGAAGUUGCAUCUUAUGAAGUGAAAAAUUUAUGUGGUCUUAUGGAUGCUAUAUUUUCUGAAGCUGUUUCCGAUGAAAUAGCGAAAAUACGUAAGGAAAAGUGUUGUGACUGUAAAGUGGAUUACCCGAGUCAGAGAAGACAUGAAUGUCUCAUGUUAACACUUGAAGAAAGUUGGACAACGUACGGUUUGGACGCCAUAGAGCAAGUAAUCGAACGGGGAAUACUCUGGAAGCUGUUUAACGAAGCUAUUCGUGUGCAGAAAUUGGAUUAUUACGAAGUUGUAAGAGAACAUUAUGAGAACUUGACUAAAAAUUAUGAAAUAACUCUUGAAUUCCUAAAGGAUUUGAGGUAUAACUCAGAAUUUUUCGACCACCAAGCUAUUUUGGGUUAUCUAUAUUACUGGAGCGAAAACCAGUGUGCAUGAAACAAUAUGCAUGAAACGUUAGAACAGUAUGUAUAAAAUACUUUUACAUGUAAUAUUUUUGUUAUGAACAAAUUAUUAUUAAACGUAAUGUUCAAAAGAAGAACGCAAAUUAUUUUAGAGCAAAAUAUGCUUGGAUGCAUACAUAAAUUAACAAACAGAUCCGUCAAUGAGUGCAAACGAAAUACUCAAGAGAAGUUCGUUUUUUUUUUAUGCAGAUACCCUUGCAAUAAAUCGCUUGUAGUUCACAACGUUCAAUGUUAAUAAAUAUACCAAGCGAAGUAAGCACAUGCAUGCACGCG